AAGCACGGAUGUAUUUGGGUGGACGCCGACUUCUCUUCCGGUCUCUUUUCCGUCGGCCACUGUGCGACAAUGACGAAGGGAACAUCCUCUUUCGGUAAGCGCAGAAACAAGACGCACACCCUGUGCCGUCGUUGUGGCUCCAAAGCCUACCACCUGCAGAAGUCCUCCUGCGGCAAGUGUGGCUACCCCGAGAAGCGCAAGAGAAAGUACAACUGGAGCGCAAAGGCCAAGCGGAGGAACACCACCGGCACCGGUCGUCUGAGGCAUCUCAAGGUUGUCUACCGUCGAUUCAGGAAUGGUUUCCGGGAAGGUACCACCCCCAAGCCCAGACGCGCUGCAGUGGCCGCUUCCAGCUCCUCCUAAAAUACACAUUUUUGUUUAAAUAAAUGUGACCAACACACAAAGA